AUGCACAUUUGGGUGACUGAAAUAAUAAGUCCAUAUAACCUACGUAGCUUGGUAAUGUAGCCGCUUUCGAAAUUUAGGAAUCUUAUCUCUAUAAAAAUAAUCUCUAUAAAAAUAAUGGUAAAACAUUUUUUUGCUUUUUAAUUUCAGUUACACAAAGUCGAUGGGAAAGGAAGUACGGUCGAAGAAUUAACGAAAAUGAUCAUGAAUGCGUGCUUUGCUCUGCUAUAUUAAAGUUACCGAGAGGUAAUUAUGGAAAUCUAAAACGCCAUUUAAGAAAAAAACAUCCUGAUAUUUAUGAAAAAGAAGAUCAACUUGGUAGCGUAAAUAAAGAUGGUGAAGAAAUCUACUUUUUGGAACACAUAGAAGAUGAAGAAUUUUUAAAUGACAUCGAAUAUGUAAUUACAACUGACGAAAACAGUCAAGAUAAAAAUAGUUCUGAUAAAAAUGAUAUUGAUGAUCUGAAUACUGAAACUCAUACUUCUGAGACAAACGUUGUGCUUCUAGUUUCGAAAGAGCCUGCUGUUAGAUGGGCUUGGGUAAAAAAAUACAUUCGUAACAUUGAUGUCCGAAAAAAACAAUGUGUCAUCUGCUCAAUGAUCUUACAUUUCCCUGCAGGUAAUUACGGUAAUAUGACAAGACACAUUAAGAGGAAGCACCCAGCUAUUUUUAAGCAAGAAUGUACAGAUUAUCUGUCAUCUGAUAAGAAAGAAAACAAAAAUGAAUAUGAUAAGAAAAGUGAUGACAAAACCUGUUCUCAUAAUGAGAGUGGAGAUACUACAGAUUGUGAAGAAGAAGAUUCUAAAGGGAAAAGUAUUCAAAAAACUUAUGUUCAACCCAAUACAGGUGUUACUCUCAGAUACUGUUGGGUAAAAGAUUACUGUAAGAAAAUUGAUAAUGAGCAAUGGCAAUGUUUGCGGUGUUCAGCGGUGAUAAGAAUGCAGUCUGGAUUUUAUGCUAAUAUGAAACGUCAUGUCAAAGCAAAACAUCCAGAUAUUUAUAAAAAAGAACUAGCAAAAUGCGUAUCUCAAGAUGACAAAUCAAUAACUGAAGACGAUAACAACAGUUGCUCUCAUAAUGAGGGUGGAGGUACUACAGACUGUGAAGAAGAAGAAGAUACUAAAAUAAAAAGUAGUUCAAAAACUUAUGUCCAACCCAAUAUAGGUAAUUACUCAAUACAAAGAAUUAGGUAAUAUGGAUGAUGACUGGGUAUAAAAAGGAAAUUCUAUUUAGUCCGUCAGUCGGAUAAUAGAAAGAUAUAGAAUAGGUAUUUUUUUUUACUUUGAUUUAACAGGAAAUAGCUUAGAUAGAUAAGAUAAGAUUGAGAAGUGGGGGCUCGCUACGCCAUAGUAUUGUAGAAGAUGUAUCAAAGUGUGAAGUCACGCGAUAUUUUAACUCAUUGUAUCGCCGUAAUUUAAACAUUACGCAAAAAAUUAUAAAGAAUACUUUAAUAUUUUAAUAUUUUUCAACAAUCUACCUACAGAAAAUAAAAAAUAAAAAUUAGUCUUCAUCCCUAUUGUAUACAUUCAUAUUUAUUUAGCAUCGGUAAAACAACGUUAAUCUGUACACUUAUUAUCAUUACACAAUACCGCUGGGAAAGGAAGUAUGGUCGGAAAAUUAAUGAAAAUGAUCAUAAAUGUGUGCUUUGCCCUACUAUAUUAAGAUUACCAAGAGGUAAUUACGGAAAUCUAAAACGCCAUUUAAGAAGCAAACAUCCUGAUAUUUAUGAAAAAGAAGAGCGACCUGGUAACGUAAAUAAGGAUAGUGAAGAAAUCUAUUUUUUAGAACACAUAGAAGACGACGAUUUAUUAAAUGACAUAGAAUAUGUAAUUACAACUGACGAAAAAAAUGAUCAUGAAAAUAAAAAUAGUCUUGAUAAUAAUGAUAUCGAUGAUUUGAAUACCGACACUCAUACUUCUGAAGAAAGAGUUGCGCUUCUAGUUACAAAAUCACCUUCUGUUAGUUGGACUUGGGUAAAAAAAUACAUUCGUAACAUUGAUGAUCGAAGAAAACAAUGUGCUAUCUGCUCAAGGAUCUUGCAAUUACCUAUAGGUACUUACAGUAAUAUGACAAGGCACAUCAAGGCUGUGCACCCUGAUAUUUUUGAAAAAGAAUAUACAGGUUGUGCAUCGUCUGAUAAGAUAGAAAAUAUAAAUGUAGCUGAUAACAAAAGCGAUAGCAAAAACGAUGACAAAAGCGAUGACAAAAGCUGUUCUCAUGAUGAAAGUGGAGAUACUACAGAUUGUGAAGAAGAAGAUACCAAAACGAAAAAUAGUCCUAAAAGUUUUGCCCAAUCCAAUACAGUAAGACAAUACCACUGGGAAAGGAAGUACGUUAGAAAAAUUAAUGAGGAUGAUCAUGAAUGCGUGCUUUGCUCUACUAUAAUAAAGUCGGAGAGAGGUAAUUCUGCAAAUCUCAAACGCCAUAUAAGAAGACAACAUCCUGAUAUUUACGAAAAAGAAGAGCAGUGCAACAAUGAAGAAAUCUUCAUCUUUGAAAGCAUUAAAAGCGAAGACUUGACAGAUGAGAGUGAAUAUGAAUCUAUUACUGAUGGAAACAGUGAUCAUCAAAAUGAAACUAAUGAUGAUUAUUACGAUAAAAAUGAUAUCGAUGAUGUGAAUGUGAAAACUCAUAAUUCUAUUGGAAGUGUUGGGAUUGUAGUUUCGAAAUCGCAUUUUCAAAGUUACGAGUAUACUAUGAUACCAACACAGCGUGGGAAACAUCUACUCAUGAUGAACCGCUACACAUACUCCCAGAUGAAAGAUUCAAGAAAUUACUACUGCUCGAAGAAAGAUAUGGGCUGUAAAGCUCGUGUGAAACUAGAUAGCGAAGGCGGAGUGGCGAAUGCUAUCACGGAACAUAAGCAUCCACCUCCUAAUUAUAUGUUAACAUCACAGGGUUAUAUCAAGCUAUAA